AUGAAUAGAAAACCCCGCAGUUCGCUGAAAAAAGUCUUGGACGAAAAUGAUCCUACCAUAAAAGCAGUGAAUCGUCGCAUCAGUUUCAGUGGCAAAAAGUUUAUACGCGAAUUCGAUACCACAGAGAAGCCCCGAGACUAUGACAACUCAUAUGAAAUCUCGGAUCAUACGAAUGGCGACGACAGCCAUGGCACUGGAGCAGCAGCAACCUCAACUCUGCUGCAGCUCACAGCGCGGCAAGGAGACAAGGAGAACGAGAAGAUGACGAGCAUAAGAGAAUCGAUAUCAACACAAUACGAUCAGCAACAACACAACGAUUUCACGCUACAACUGCAGACGAGCGUCAAUCUGACGCUAAUGCCGCACGAAUUGGCCAAAUAUCAACGUCUAACCACUACGAUGCCUAUGGAGUUCGAUAGCUUGUCGCUGUCGGAUGUGGAACGCGAGAAGUUGCGUGAAAAUAGCAUGUAUAAAGUGCCGUUAAGUGAGAAAACUAUGGAUUUAAUGCCACAGAAAAUGUUCAUUGAUGAGCUGGACUGCAAGCAAUCGGCCAAGGGAGACAGGAUUUUAAAUACCAUCGAUAUGAGUUGUGUGGCCGACAAGGAAAAUAUUGUGCAACAAAAGACCGUGCUCUUUGAGGACAAUAAUAUAACGUGUGAUUUCAGUGAUAUUGAUCCCCAGCAAAGUGUAGCAGCUGCUGCGGUUGCUGUUAAUGUUGCUGCAACCCCAAAGCAUGAAUCGUUUGCUAUGGAAGAUCGAGAUUGUAUCAACUAUUUGGCUGACGAAUCCACAUCGUCACCAUUGAUACCAUUGGAUGUGAUUAACGAAAACAACAUUAGUAGAAAACUCAACUUUCGGCAGCUUAAUGAUGCCUUAAACGCUGGUCGUAUACAACUAUUUCCCCAUGGACCGAGAACACCAACAACAGAUAAGAUUGUGAAGCCACCACGCUUUUGGCAUGGACUGGAACAGCAGCAGGAUCAACAGGAAUUGCCACUAAGAGAUGCCAUCAAACCGCGUGGCACGCUCAACUUUAGUGAAAGCAUGAUGGUGUCGCCAGUAUCGCAACAACCAAAUAAACCUAUGAAAAAUCCUAUAGAUUAUCCAGUUAGCGGCAAAAAGAAGGAAGAUCAGUUUAAGCGCAACAAUCGCUUUUCCCAGGCUGAUGAAUUUAUGCUGGAUAAUACAAACUUUUUGGUCCACGCCAAAAUGGGCGAUGAAACACAGUCAAGAAAUAGCUCCAAGAGUGCCUCGCGGCGAGAGACCACCUACGAUAAUACUGCCAUGGAACUAGAUGAUCUUGAGAAACAAGAAGCAGCCGUUGUAGCUGCUCUCGAGAAAGUCACACGCCAACAAAAGUUGCAGCGUUGUGUCGCAAUAGAUGAGAGUGAUAUUCAAACGAAACAAAGACUCAGUCGCACUAUGCAGAUGAAUGAAUCAAUUGAAGUAGACCAAAAUCAAUCACAAUUGGCGAAAGCCAUAGACAAGGAUACGUCUAUUCAAGAGCCUGCAAUACCAGUUGCGGAAAAGGAGUAUGUAAUACGCAGACAAACAAUGCGCUUUGCAGAAGCAAUCGACGAAGAUCAGCAGAGUCCUCCAAGGGAUUCGCGUACAGCUGCGCGAAGACAAACAAUGCACUUCGCUGAGGACAUGGAUGAAGAAAUGCAAAGUGCGAAGAAGGAAAAAAAAUUGCCAGUCAACAGACAAACAUUGUUGAUGGCCGAAUCUAUUUACGUGGAUGCACAAAAACCACAUAACGAAGCAAAGCCGCAGGCACCAUUCAAAGUCCAAUCGAAUCGUCGCAGACAAACUGUACACUUGGCAGAAGACAUGGAUGAAGACGUCAUUGAAGAGGACCAGGUGAAACCGCCACAAAAAGAUCCAUUAAUGGAACCUGCCACAAAGCAACGCAAGCAAUCUUUAUGCUUUACGGAAGCUAUUGAUAUAGAUAUGCCAAGUCCUAUCAUCGACACACAAUCCAAAUCUCAAGCUGCUCCACCAACACACAAAUCAAAUCAACGCAGAGAGACUUUGCUAAUGUCAGAAUCAAUGGAAGAGGAGAAACAAAAGCCACAGCUAAAAGCUGCAGCAUUGGAGUGUCUAAAAGAAAGAAAGCGACAAACUUUGCACAUGUCUGAACCCAUGGAAGAAGAGCAUAAAUCAGUUGCAUCUGCCAGAAAGGAACUACCAACAAAAUAUUUGCCGUCUCCACUUGAACACGCUCGGUGUCGACGCAGAGAGACAUUGCUAAUGUCAGAAGACAUCGAAGAGGAGGAACAAAAUCCACAACUCGAAACUGAAGCAGUGAAGUAUCCAAAAGAAAGAAAGGAAGAGGAGCCUAUGAAAGUGCAGUCAGCUGCUUCUGCUAAAAAGCAUUUACCAACUAAAUACCUGCCUUCUCCACUUGAACACGCAUCAAGUCGACGAAGAGAGACAUUGCUAAUGGCAGAAGCCAUUGAAGAGGAGGAGACGAACCCACAAAUAGAAACUACAGCAGUAGAGCACCCAAAAGAAAGAAGGCGACAAACAUUACACAUGUCUGAACCCAUGGAAGAGGAGCCAAUCAGAGUACAGUCAAUUUCUUCUUUUAGCCAACGUAAAGCAGAUUUAACAAAGCAAUUACUAACCAAAUAUCUGCCUUCUCCACUUGAACACGCUCGGUGUCGACGCAGAGAGACAUUGCUAAUGUCAGAAGACAUCGAAGAGGAGGAACAAAAUCCACAACUCGAAACUGAAGCAGUGAAGUAUCCAAAAGAAAGAAAGCGGAAAACAUUACACAUGUCUGAACCCAUGGAAGAGGAGCCUAUGAAAGUGCAGUCAGCUGCUUCUGCUAAAAAGCAUUUACCAACUAAAUACCUGCCUUCUCCACUUGAACACGCAUCAAGUCGACGAAGAGAGACAUUGCUAAUGGCAGAAGCCAUUGAAGAGGAGGAGACGAACCCACAAAUAGAAACUACAGCAGUAGAGCACCCAAAAGAAAGAAGGCGACAAACAUUACACAUGUCUGAACCCAUGGAAGAGGAGCCAAUCAGAGUACAGUCAAUUUCUUCUUUUAGCCAACGUAAAGCAGAUUUAACAAAGCAAUUACCAACCAAAUAUCUGCCUUCUUCACUUGAACUCGCAUCAAGUCGACGCAGAGAGACAUUGUUGAUGUCGGAGGCCAUCGAAGAGGAGGAACUUAACCCCCAACUUCCGACUGCUGAAGUAGAACAUCAGUCGAACAGACGGCAAACAUUGCUCUUAGCGGAGCCCAUCGAAGAAGAUCUAAUGAAAUCAGAACCGAUCACAGAGAAGGAAUAUCUAACCAAUCAACGCCAAACCGAUUACAGAAGGCAUUUACCAAAUAAACAUCUGCCUUCUCCACUCGAACACGCAUCAAGUCGACGCAGGGAAACAUUGUUGAUGGCUGAACCCAUCGAGGAAGAAGCAAUGCAACCAGCAGCUGCUAAUGGAGAACAGUCGAAAAGCGGACGCAGGCAAACAUUGCAUCUGUCCGAACCUAUUGAAGAGGAGCCAAUGCAAUUAAAGCCAUUAACUGCUGGACACCGAGCCAAGCCUUUAUAUGUUGGGAAAGCAAGUGAGGAAUCUAUUUCAGUUGCUCCAAGUACGCAUAAGAUUGAGCAAUCGUUCAAGCCAAACAGACAAACAAUGCACUUGGAUGAGCCCAUCAUAGAAGACUUGCCAAAUAUAUCAAGUGAUCCUGGAGGAAAGCCCGCUCCCUUUGCUGUACAGACUCACAGCAUUCGCAAACAGACGCUGCACUUUGAUGAGGAAAUGCAAGAAGCAGGAUCUAAUGCAAUGAAAGAAAUUAACAACAGAAACAGGCAAACAAUGCACUUGGCUGAACCCAUAGAAGUCGACUUGCUUAUUAUACCAAAUGAUCCUAAAGCAAAGUUGGCUCCUUCUGCUGUAAAGCCACACGGUAUUCGCAGACAGACACUUCACUUUGAGGAGGAAAUUGAAGAAGACAUUCAGCCCAUACAACGCGAAAUGAUAAAUGAGGGAGUUUCUUCAACGGAAGAAAAGAGCAACAAACGCACACAAACGAUGCAUAUGGCAGAGCCAAUGGAAGAGGAGGCAGUCAAUGUACCAAUUCAUCUUAAAGCAAAAUGUGCUUCUUUUGCUCUGCAGAUGUCAAGAAUUCAUAGACAGACACUGCACUUUGAGGAGGAAAUGGAAGAAGACAUUCAACCCCUUCAGCGUGAAAUGCAUUCAAGUAUAGGAGGUGGUUCACUAGAACAAAAAAGCAAUAAACAUAGACAAACACUACACAUGGCUGAACCCAUCGAAGAGGACUCCUUCAGUAUAAACAUUAAACAAGCGGCUGCUCCUAUAGAUUCUCGCCAGAAGCAGUGCCCAACGCUGCAUUUGAGGGAAGUAAUUAAAAAGGAACCGACCUCGAAAAGCAAUCAACGACAAACUCUAGCUCUACCUGAGCCUUUUGAUGAGAAUUCAAUAAGGAAUGAAAAAGACAUUUGCCAGACACAGUCAGCAGCCACGACGAGACAAGAUGUCAUUGAUAUCGAUGACAGUUGCAUUGAAAUAGUCCCCACAUAUCCAGCAGUGCUAAAGCCUCACCAGACAUUAUGUAUGUCCGUAGAUAUGAAUGAAGAUGACAUGCCAGCAACUACACCGCCUGAGCCAAGUAGCAUCCAACCAAGAAUAACGUUUCUUGAGAAUAUGGAUUUGGAAUUUCUCAGCCCAGUUGCAGACAAGGCCGGUUGCGAUUCUCCCUCAGAUUCGGGCGAAUGGCUUGCGCAAAUGAAUGCCAAGAUGCGUAAAACUUAUGUGAAUCCCAACAAUGAUAAAACAGAAAGCAGAAAAGUGACUAUGGAAACGCCCAAAAACAAGAAAAUGAUACAACGAAGCUGUUUCCCCAUCACACCUGGUCGUUCAAUUAUCGAAUACGAAGACGUGGAGGAGAUGUGCAAUAUCGGCAACUCAGAAUUAGCAACGACAAAUGCUGCAUCGAAACAGUCUGUGGACAUGGAAGUAGAUAAAUCCAUCUUUGGUACGCCAUUGACAUCCUUUAACGUCAAACGAUUGCCUACUCAUUUGACUCCAAAUCUGCCACAACCAAAGAAACGCAAUACACAAUACUCUGGAAAACAAAACGAUUCAAACAACUCUCAACUUCAGUUGGAUAGACCAGUUAAGGAAACAGAUGCACCUCUUUCAACUAGCAAGAACAAAUCACAUAUUCUUGUGCUUGGCAAGUCCUUGAACUCGCCAUAUUCAGAAACUGAACAGCUAGAUGGCACUGUUCAAAUGGUUAGAGCGCAAAUGAUACGCCAAACACGUGUAGAAACCUUGCGACCCAUGGAACAAAAUUUGAAAGAACGAACAAUAGCAACUUAUGAGGACAACCCGAUUACCAUAUCCGAUGUGUCAAGUCAUUUUGCAGCACAAAAGGAACUCGCCAAGCAGGAUACAAAGAACACUUCAAGCACCAGCGGCAGCUCCAACGAGAAUAGCAAUAAAAGCUAUGGAAGAUCGCACAAAAAGUUUCUCAAUCUCAGCGGAGAUACGGAAAUCUUUGACGCCGCUGAAGUUAUUGACUUGUCGCUUGAAGACAAUGAAAUUGAAAAGACGCGGCUAAGUUUGGUGUCAACCUUGUUAGACGAGGAGGAAGCCAGCCUUGUUGAUGGCGUUGACAUCGAACUCAAGGCGGAGCCUGAACCUAUAACAGAGCCUGAGGCAUGCCUCGAACGAGUAAAUCCACCAGCGCCAGCUGGGUCUGUGUAUGCGUGCAAGAAAUGCACACAUUGCAGACGUUCCUUAAGUGCAACGCUGCCAAAUGAAACAGUUGAAACAUUUGAGUUACCAAAUUGGGAUGCGCUGGAGCUGGGACUUGAGCGAUUGAAGCGUUUGCGACAACAUCCAACGCUUGAUGAAGUCGAAAGAUAUUUUGAACUCAAGGAUAUGGAACGGUAUUCCAGUGUUAGUGAUCUCAGCGAAUCAUCCGAUGAGGAUACACAUCGCAUAACACUACAAGAUUUGCUUGCUGAUUUCAAGCGCAAAUUUGAGGAAAUGUCGAAAAAUUUGCCCGAACCUGUUAUAGUCGGGUCUUAUGCCAAACGAUUGAAAACCGCACUGCAAGAACAGUCACCUCGUUGGAUUUUCGAUUGUGAACUCCAAUGCGAUCGUCAAUAUAUCGUCACGCAUAAAACAAUUAGCACAUUUCGCUUGGUUAUCAACUAUGAACCGCUGGAUAUUAUGGAAACUGAUAUAAAAGUGCGCAAAAUAAAAGCCACGACUUUUAACACCAUUAUUACAAAGUCCCAAUGGGGAGUACUUUCGCAUCUGAUGGACUUUCAGUUAAGACUUGCACUGCCAUUCAAUCUCAUGAUACUUUUAGAUGGCAAUAAAGUGGAUGAUGUCGUGAAAUUUCUAAAACACAUCGAUACUAUUUGCGUGAAGACCAAAAAGUUAUGCAAUGAUCUGCGCUUGUUAUUAAUAUCAAAACAGGCCUUGCUUAUAAGGCAACCCAAUCGCACUGUAGUCAGAAAAACUAUUCGAAAAAUGACUCGAACAAAGGAUGAGGCACACUCUCGCUAUGAGAAAACAAAUUUUAUCAUUGAAAUCACUAAUGUGGAGAAGCUAUCAUUUGAAAAUAUUCUUGAGCCGCCGCUGUAUCAUUUCGAUGAAAAAAUUCAGUUCUUACCAAAGGGCAUUGCUUUUCUGGAUACAUUCCUUGAACAUCCGGAACAAUAUCUUAAGCCAAUAACUCAACCAACUAACUAAAUUCACUUCAUUUAUCUAUCUAUCUAAUUUAUUCGUAUGUGCUAAGUGACAUCAGCUCACUAAAAUGUACGUAAUAAGAGCGAUAAAACUUUCAAUCGAUAAGGCUAAGAAUAGUCACAUAAGAUUAAUUGUGGAGAAUAAUCAUGUACGUCAUUAAACUAUGUAAUCGGCAAUUAUCUACAAGUUGCAUAUACAGACAUCUUAUCAGUUCACAAUACUUAUAUUUGUACUUUAAGUUAUCAGUUUAGUUGCUAUUGAAACGUUGGAAGUGCUUGCACGAUUGAAAGAGCUCUUUAAUUAACUAAAGUAAUAUCUACAAUAAAUAUUCUGUUAAGUUUAUGAAUAAAAAAGCCAGUUUUUGAAGGAAAUGACAA